CAAAAGCCUGAUAGGAACAGGGGACUUGAAGAGUCAUGCUUCUGCUGGAGCGAGACGGUUCGCUUAAGGCACCUGUAUGCCGCCAGGGCAGGAGUACAUCUUCUUAUUCAUGGAGAUGGACAGAUUCUCGGCUCUGCGGACCAAACUCUGUACAGCUUGCUGGAAAUCCGCUCAGUGGCUCCAGGAUGUAUUGUCAUUAGAGGCUUUGAAACAGCACAGUUUCUUUGCAUGGAUUUUGAUGGAAGGCUCUACUCAUCACGCAUCUAUAGCAGAGAUGAAUGCACCUUCAGGGAGCAAAUCCUGCCAGAUGGAUACAGUGUCUACAUCUCUGUCACACACGGAAUACUACUUAGUCUGGGAAACCAUCGGCAGCGGCUGCAAGGCAGAGACAGCGGUGUCCCAGCAUUGGCUCAGUUCCUUCCUCGAAUCAACACUGUGGAUCAGGCAUCAACUCCAGCGACGCGGUCCUUUUCUCACCAGACCCAGGACACGCCACAAACAGUCCAAUCACUUGACACGGUGGAGUCUUUUGGUGUGCUCGCACGGAUCAUUCAUAGCCCCAGCUUCCAUAAGCGAUGAGAAAGCAGCGAGAGACAACGGUGAAUAAAAAUCGACUGCUCAAUGCCCAGGGAUGUCCCCAGGGAGGCAGUCAGAACCGUCAAGUCCAAUCUGACCGUACUGACUUGAACAGUUUGGGAUUUGAAUAUGGUUCUCAUAAUCUGUAAAAACCAAAUGUAUCACUGGAAAGGUCCUUGAACUCUAAAUGCGCUUAAAAAUGAGCGACCCAAAUUGUACUGGGAUAGGACCUCACUUCUCUGUGAAAAAGAUCAACAUUCUAGAAAUGGAUUGAGUAUGAACUACAAAAUGUGUUUGCCUCAGCGUUUGUCCCUGGAAUUUAAGGAUAUAAAAUCCUAAUGAGUCAUUACAAGACAAUCAGUGGCUACUUGGCAGUACCGGCCCGCAACAUAGGCGAGCUAAGCGGUGCCUUGGCCGCCAUCUAGGGUAGGGGGCGCCAAAUUGCUUUGGGGUAAAUAUUAGUCAUGCUACUCUUCCAAAUGUUUUCUAACAUAUCGAGUGCAUUUCAAUAUGCUACAUAUAGAAGAACAUUUUCAAAAGGAUU